AUGCAGCGGGGCAGAUCCGACGUGGAGGAGCUUGCCGAGGAUGAAUCAGGUGAGGAAUUAUUAUUAAGCUCCGAUAGAUCGCGGCAGGCACACAUCACUUCUUCUUCGUCGGCCGAAGCAUCUCUCAGACUUGCCUUCGCCAAGUUCCAAUCUACGGUCUCUGCACAUUCUCCAAUGGAGUCGAAUCAAGCUAAGCCGAGCCUUCUGGCCUCUGAAUCUGACUCCCAGCGAACGCUGUCUCCGUACGUCACUGGUACGUCCGUGGUGGCUUUGAAGUAUAAGGACGGGAUUUUGAUGGCUGCUGACAUGGGAGGUUCAUAUGGGUCCACGUUGCGAUACAAGAGUAUGAGUCGAAUGACUCCAGUUGGGAAGCACUCUCUGUUGGGUGCUAGUGGGGAAAUCAGUGAUUUCCAGGAGAUUUGCAAGUAUCUUGAUGAGCUGAUCUUACAUGAUAGCAUGUGGGAUGAUGGGAACUCCUUGGGGCCCAAGGAGGUGCACAACUAUCUGACUAGAGUGAUGUACAAUCGGCGUAACAAAUUUGAUCCCUUUUGGAACUCGCUUGUUCUUGGUGGCGUGAAAAAGGGAGAGAAGUAUCUCGGCAUGGUAAGCAUGAUUGGUCUCAGUUUUGUGGAUGAUCAUGUUGCAACUGGAUUUGGAAACCACCUUGCUCGACCAAUUCUCCGUGAUGAGUGGCGUGAAGACUUGAGCUUUGAAGAUGGUGUUAAGUUGCUGGAGAAGUGUAUGCGUGUGCUCUUGUACCGUGAUAGAUCUGCUGUGAACAAGCUUCAGAUAGCAAAAAUUACCGAGGAAGGUGUCACCAUUUCGCAGCCUUACUCUCUGAAGACCUUCUGGGGAUUCACAGCAUUCAACAAUCCCACUGCUGGUGCUGAAGGAUCAUGA